AUGACUGUUGGUUUGCUGGCACAAGUUAUCAUCAAUGCCAGUGGCUAUGGAUUCAAGAUUCAGACUCGGCGCUUCGCCCCAGGAACACUAGUUAUAUAUUACAGUAUCGACUCAUCGAGAGGGCUAACCAGCUGGAGAAUAGAUUAUAAGUUGUAUGAAUCCCAGGUCUGGAAGGCAGCUAUAUUGAUAACCAGAACUCCGUACACCCUCCACUUUCGCUUCAAGGCUCAACGGCUCAUCAUUCUAACAAACACAAUGGGCCAAGCUAUAAGCUAUGUCGCCACGGCCACCAGAAGACUUGCUAGAGCCAUUCGAGACAACUUCAAGUUCUACUAUGCCGUGCCUGGUGCUCUUCUUGCGCUUGCUCCAGUUCUCGGUCCGACGAUAUUAGGGGCUUUUGGUUUUACAGCAAUAGGGCCAGCCGCCGGCUCGCUUGCAGCAUUAUGGCAUGCGUCAAUAGGAAAUGUGGCAGCUGGGAGCGUUUUUGCGUGGUGCCAAAGCGCAGCAAUGGGCGGUGGUGCUGCGGGCGUGUUCAACGUUGCGGGGGGUGUAGGAGCUGGACUGCUCGGCUCGGCAGCAGUUCAAGCAAGGAGAGAGAGAUCAGCCUAG